UCCAGUGGUGGUAAUUGUCGGAAUGCGGUCGACUAUCCCUCAGGGGGUCUCAAUGCUAGCGUUUAGACUUAAAACAACGCGCCUGCCUGCGUCUUCCUCUGCCUGUCUACUCUUUUCAUCUCAUUCUCCUCCCUCUGUCUGCCUUGAUACGCGCUCUUCGUCUACCCUUGCUGUGACUCACCGUGCCACCAUGGCUCGAUUCCCUUCCCAACAGAAAUCUUUCCAGGCCUCGACGUAUGUAAAUCAUGCGGCGCCGGUGGAAGCGAACUAUGACACCGCCAAUCCCCCGUACAUUCGCAAAUACCUCCGCACCUACGGAUUGACGCCUCCCCGCGCAGAAUCGUACGAAGUGCAGAAGACUCGUUGUCUGGCCCAAUUGGCCCUGAAAACCUCCAACAUCGAAAAAUUCCUCUACCUGAGCACUCUGCGCAAGAACAAUGUGCAUCUCUUCUACCGUCUGAUGACGGAUCAUCUCAAGGAAUUAACGCCUCUCAUCUAUACCCCCGUCGUUGGAGAAGCUUGUCAGAGAUGGUCCGAGAUCUACCAGCAGCCGGAAGGCAUGUACCUUAGCUGGGAAGAUCGAGGCAAUCUAGCCGCCGUCAUCGCCAACUGGCCCCAGCCUAAUGUGGAGAUCACAUGCAUCACCGAUGGUUCCCGAAUUCUGGGUCUAGGUGAUCUUGGCAUCAAUGGCAUGGGCAUUCCCAUCGGGAAGUUGGCCCUCUACACUGCCUGUGCGGGCAUCCGACCCGAGGCAACCUUGCCCUUGACCCUGGACCUGGGCACCGGCAACAAGACCCUCCGGGAAGACCCGUUAUACAUGGGUAGUCGCCAUGACAAAAUCACUCCCGAUCAGGAGCGGGAGUUCAUGGAUGAGUUGAUGACCGCUCUUACUGAGCGUUGGCCUGGCAUUGUCGUCCAAUUCGAGGACUUCAAGAAUCCGUUCCCCGCGCUGGAGCGCUACCGCGACAUUUACACAUGCUUCAACGAUGACAUCCAAGGCACUGGUGCCGUCAUCCUGGGUGGAGUCAUCAAUGCCGUCAAGCGUUCCGGACUCCCCUGCAAGGAGCACCGGGCUGUCUUCCUGGGUGCAGGCAGCGCCGGUGUCGGCGUCGCCAAACAGAUCGUCGCCUUCUUCAUGCGCGAGGGUAUGACCGAGGAUGAGGCCCGCGCGUGCUUCUACCUCGUCGACACCAAGGGUCUCGUCACCAUGGACCGGGGCGACAAGCUGGCCGACCACAAGGUCUACUUUGCCCGGGAGGACAACGAGGGCGCGCAGUACAAGGACCUGAAUGAGGUCGUCGACCACGUGAAGCCCACCAUCCUCAUGGGCCUGUCCACCCUCGGGGGCGUCUUCACCCCGGAGAUCCUCCGCAAGAUGGCCGACUGGAACACCAGCCCCAUCGUCUUCCCCCUCUCCAACCCCUCGUCCAAGUCGGAAUGUGACUUCGAGUCGGCCGUCACCCACACCGACGGCCGGGUGCUCUUCGCCUCGGGCUCCCCCUUCGCGCCCUUCUCCUUCACCGACUCCCAGGGCGAGACGCGGACCCACUACCCCGGCCAGGGCAACAACAUGUAUGUCUUCCCGGGCAUCGGUCUGGGCACGAUCCUCUCCAAGGCCGUCAAGGUCACCGACAGCAUGAUCUACGCCUCGGGCGAGGCCCUCUCGCAGGCCCUGACGCCGGACGAGAUCGAGCGCCGUCUCCUCUACCCCGACGUGACGCGCAUCCGCGAGGUCAGCAUGGUGGUGACCCGCAAGGUCAUCCGGGCGGCGCAGGACGCCAAGGUGGACCGGGAGACCGUCCUCCGCACCAUGGACGAUGCCGCCCUGGACGCUUGGAUCAAGGCGCGCAUGUAUGAUCCUCACCACGAGGUGCUGGCCCUCGAGCGGGAGGUGGGCGCCUUGCUCUCCAAUUUGGGGCCGUGGUCGAACGGAAAUUCCCACGAGGACGGCGAUAAGACUGCUAAGCUACUGGGUUCCUUUUGAUUUAGAGCGCGUUUCCGUUUUCCUGUUUUUCCUUCGAGUCCCGUCCCGUCCCAUGUCGAGGAAGGGUGCUCGUUAUUCCUUUAUACCCCAUUUUGUCCGAUUCCGC